AUGGGUGAAGCCACUGUUAACGGCGACCUGCCUCAUUCUGCAUUCUUCUCUCACCUCUCCUCCUACCCUCUCGUGUCCGACUCGGUCAAGACCAUCAAGGGGAACCCCUAUGGCGCCAAAUCCAUCGACUUGACCAAUGCCGGAUAUGCCAAGUUUGUGAAGCCAGCCGUCCCUUACUUGGAAACACCCGCAUCCUACGCAAAGCCAUAUGUGGCCAAGGCGGACGAGCUUGGUGAUAAAUUGCUGUCGAAAAUCGACGAGCAGGUGCCCAUUGUCAAGUCGGAGACCAAGGAUAUCCAGAGCAAGCUCCAUGGUUAUAUCAACUGGCCGCUUGAGACUGCGAACAACACCAAGGACUGGGCUUUCAAGACGUACGGUGACGAGUACAAAAAGUGUGGUGGAGAUGGUGUGGUGGCUGGUGGCAAGGCGGUCAUCACCACGUCGCUGGUCCUGAGCUCAGAUGUGCUCAAAUGGGUCAGUUCUUUCCUCCAGGCCAAGAAGGAGGAGGCCAAGGAGAUCGCCCAGGAGAAGACCAACAAGUGA